AUGAAAACGAGGGUAAAAACAAACAAGAUGGCGGAGCUGGAAACAGAUGAACAGGAAACUUAUAGCUUUACAGAGUGUCAGAAAAUUGGAAAAGACUUCUUGGAUGAGGUGAAGCAAUCUCUCGUCAGAGAAAAUAUGGAAAAAGAAGAAUCUCGUGUAAAAGCUACCAAGUACCUCGAGGAAACAGCAAUUUUGCAUUUACUGGAGGUAAGCUUACUGUAGUCCCUGUGUAGUGCGAAGCUAGAAAUUUUACGCAUGCUGCAACGUUUAUUUUAGGGUAGGAAGUGAGGUUUAGACGAUUAAACAAAGCGUAAUUAUUUUUACAUACAUUGCACUAAUAACUACGCAUUAUUCAAUUAAGCUACCUGUAAGUGACGGAAACAAAACUGAAACUUCAUCGGGGGCAUCAAAAAGUCGUGUAAAAUAAGGGUACUCCCUAGUCUCCUUCGCAGCCGUUUUUAGUGUCGUCACGCAAUACUCCUCCCCACAGUGGAGGGGAGGAGGAGGGAAGGAGCAUUGCGUGACAACACUAAAAACGGCUGUGAGGUAGACUUGGAAUACCCAAGGCCAUUCCUCAAAAUAAAAUCGGCAAACAUACACAAGAAAACAUUUCUCUAAUCAAAAUACCAAAAAUCCUUCAUGUGUUUGCGCAAGAUGUGCCUUAUGGUAUGAAAGCGUACGUUUUAUGGAAACGUCGACUUGUCAAUGACUUGUCAGUGUCAGCAACUUAGACUAAACCCAUUGUCAACGCAAAUUAACAUCUAUUGUCUAAUGACCAAUCAAACACCUGCAUUGCUGGUACAACGCGUUCUGUAAACGCGAGCUGCAGUGAUGUUAUUACAGUCCCUCUAUUUUUCUCUCCCCCCCCCCCCCCCCCCCCCCCCCCCCCCCCCACCCCCCCCCCCCCCCCCCCUCCCCCCUCUACAUAACCAUCCCCUCACCAGGAGGAAGAAUUCAAUAAGAAUAGUCAAAAAAAAAGAAAUGUAAGAAAUAAACAACAGCGCCAAUAUAGCGAUAUGUUAAAAUAUUUUUUUUAUUUUAUUUUAUUAUAAUAUAUAAGUACACAACACUUUAUCAACGAAAAUCACUAUUUUAUGAUAAAUGCCCCAACAACCCCCGGCUAGGUGGGCACUCACGUUUUGGGAACCGCCGCUUGGAGUGGUGUUUUUCCGGCCCUUCAUUUUUUCCCCCCCCCCCCCACCCCUAGCUAUAAUCCCCGAUGCCCGCCUCCUUGGUACAUUUGAAAAUCAAGAUAGCCAUGACGGUAAGAUGCGGCAUAUCUAAAUGAUCUCACGAAAAAAUAGGGGACUGUGAACAGUCUACAUUGUGCCCAAUUGGGCACAAUAUUUAUCAUUUAUAUUGUGCAUAUUCUAUAAAAAUAUUCAUAUGUGCAUUACAAUCUUGCAAAAAUAAUCCAUACUAAAAAUAACUAAUUCAUCACAAUCAUAUAUGAUAACAUGCUAAAAAUAUCUUUAAAAAAUAUGUUAAGAGCAUAGGCUUUUAUUUUUGGAAAAGCUUCUUUAAAAUACUAGUUAAAAUGUUUCCACAAUGUCCUAGUCUUCUGGGCAAAUAGCAUUUUUGAAAUGGACAGGGUCAUCUAACUUAAACCCUCCCACACUGCUUGGGUUUUUUGGUGCAAGAGCCAGACAAGUUCAAUUUUUGAUAUGCUGGCUGUCCAAACAACAUGAGGUAGUGCAUCAUUUUCUCAUUAACACAGCCUAGAAAAUCUUAUUAAAUUUGACAGAAAUAUUUCUUGUUCUUUUCUUAUCCAAAAACUCACAACUUCACUUGGGAAAGAAAUUACAUCACACCUGCAGAAACUCUUAUUGAUGAGAGUGGGCUUAUACACUGUAUACUUCACCUUAAGAUUAUUAUUAAUUAUUAUUAUUAUCAUUAUUAUUAUUAUUAUUAUCAUUAUUAUUAUUUUUUAAGAUUAUUAUUAUUGUUUUAACUUAUUUUCAAAAGAAGAAAGCAAAACUGAAUGUCUUGCAGAAAGGUUGCUUCAUAAGCCAUAUUAUGUUCAAACUUGCUCCAUGUCAGUCUUAGCCUGGGACCAGACACCUUGGUGGGGUAAAAAAGCAAAUAAAGGUGAAAGGCACUGGUUUAAUAGGAGAAAAAGGCCGGGGUGGAAUUUCCCUCUCCAAUCCACCACACAGUUUGUCUCUUUCUUCACACUCACCCUGUUAUUUGCCCUUUUGUCUCACUAAUAUUAUAAGGAGCCUGCUCCCAGGAUAUAUCGGGGUCUUUAGAAUGUCAUUAUCUGUCAUUGCGGGUGUGUACUUACUUUGCUUGCUGACUACCUAUUCUUGUUAAUGAUUCUUAUGCAUGUUUACAUCAGACUAGCAAAGUUCACCACCAAGCCUUGAUUGUGAACAAAAUUCUUUGUGGGUAUUCUUUUCAACUCUACUGUCUUGGGAAACUUCUCAACUUUACAAUUUCAAAACGAGGCUUGAUGGUAAAAUUGCUUGUCAGACCUCAACAUGGAUAAGGCCAAUUGAUUCAUGAGCUUUAGUUAGCUGUUAAUACCAACUCUAGGGAAGCCUUACAUUGAUGCUUGAAUAAAUUCAUUAUCUAAAAGGUUUUCGGAACUUUGCAAUUAUACAUUAACCUGCAUUAAAUGAUUUUUUUUUUACAGGACUUGAUUGCAAAGCUAGUGUUCAAAAGACCAGAGAAACCAAUAGACUAUUUGGUUAAAGAAAUGGAAGAAUUGAAAAGAAAAGGAACACAAGCACAAACAGAAGAUAAGGCAACUUGAAGCUAGAGACUUGUAGAACUCUGUUGGAUUUCUACAAAUAAUCGAUGUGUCAAAAGGAGAGUUAAA